AUGCCUAAGAAACGAAAUCCCAUCAAGCCUUUCAAGCCAUCUUCAGCGGCGUCGACGACGAGUUUAUCGUCGCCCCCUGGUUCUGGAGGUUAUAAAGCCUCCAAAAGCGUAAACGAACUUCUUGCAAAUCUACGGCUCGCAGCCGCAGGACCGUCGUCUUCGCCAUCUCUGCCGGCGACUUCGCCUAGCGUUCCACCUGCCAUCAGGGAGAUUCUUCAGAUCCCCGAGACACCAUCACCUGCUCCACGGCGACCUGUUCGUCAAAGAUUCGACAGCCAUGGCCGCAGACUACCCGCCGGCCCAGCGCCCCCUCGCAGCUGGCUAUUAGGAGGGCGCGAGGAUGACAAUGUCUCAAACUCACUCUCCCGGCCUACCCGCGUGAGCUAUUCUGGCUUUGACAGAUCCACACUGCCAGGGGCACCGCUACCACAGCCAGGGAGUUUGAUUGAUCUCACUCUCAGGCGCCUGGCUGCAGACUGGGACAUUCAUCGCGUUUUUAAUCAAUAUUAUUUAUACUUUGUGCCUAGUCACCUCAAGCCGGCUCUUAUUCGAUAUAUCGGCGUUGCUUCGGAUAAUGGCGUAUCGAUCUCUGACUUGAGGGUCAUUCUACAGCCACCUGAGAAUGUCUUCAGCUACGAGGAGUUGGACGACCAGUCUAGAGCAAACUCUGAAAUUACCUGCUUGGACUUCUCAGCCUCGAUUGGCAGGUCUUUGAAGCUGAAAGACGUAAUCGAUGUCCUCUUCAGCGUGGUCGAACCCGACGCUAUUGAUGAACCUCAAGAUUCUUGGGAGACUGUCGACACCAGCCCAAGCCCUCCGCGCCUCUUGCUUCCCAACUUGACGCAUCUUUCGCUGGCCCUGGAUCCCAGAGGCCCACGAGACGUCUCGUGGAAGCAACUUCUGUCAUUGUCGUCGAAGCUGCCUUCAGUCACGCAUUUGAGUCUGGCGUAUUGGCCAGAGCCUUGCUUAACUCCGUGGGCAAAGUUUUCUACCAUUCCGUCGCCUCAAGGCCGCAAUAUGCCGUACGCCGGCACCAACUAUUACUCUCAUUCACUAGAUCAUGACUGGAGCGAGGCACUUCUUGUUCUGAGAAUGCUGAGCAAGAACUUUUACAAGUUGGAGUUUUUAGAUCUCACUGGAUGUGCCCCGUGGUUCAAGGCGCUUCAUUUGAAAGACGGCCAUGAUUACAUCGAUUGGUCUGGCUCUUGGGGCAAGCUGAUGCUUCUGCGACUUUACACGGGUUGGGAGCCCGGUGAUGAUGCGAUGGCAUCAGAUCAAGCGGCAUACACGUCAGCCAUUAACACUGCAAAGUGUAUUGAGAGACAUAUUGUCGCCAUGAGGGCUGGUAAGGGGCGUUUUAUUACUGUGGAGAGGGACAAGAUAGAAGCUUAG